AAUCUUUAAACAGUGCAGAGACUUCUACGUUAUGGCCAUGUGAAAUGUGUCUCGGUGACAGAGCUUCCUCCUAUUUCCAUAUUCUAUGUUUCUCUCUCUCUCUCCCUCUCUCUCUCUCUCUCUUUGUGAGAUGCUCCAUAUUAGCCAUCACUAAUGCAUACCCGAAGCAUCAUAGAUCUCUCACUCUCCUCUCCUCUCUGUAUCCAGAUGUUAUGUUUGAAUAAACGUCUGAAUAAUCCACCCACUGAAGAAGAAGAAAAAGAAGAAAAUGGGGUGUGCUGCUUCUGUAUAUGCUGUUGGGUGGAAGAAGAAGAAGCUGAGUAUCCCAGAAAUCAUGGUGUUUGUUCCUACAAUGAGAAUUCCAGUAGAAUCUGAUCUUCAAAGACCGCUUAAAGGGGUAGUUCCAAAAGAUGUUGUCAAUAGGUUGUCAUCGAUUCGCAACCAGAUUGUGUUGGUGGCAGAGGACACUGGUGGAUCUGCUAUAAGUGAACUGCGGCGAGCUCUGGAAGAGUACUUGUCUAUUCUGGUUGGACUUACCAAGACAGAGCAUGGUCUUGAGGGAUUGGUUGAAUUCAAAUGGAAAAACUUAGAAGAUGGACCACAAGAAACCAGUAUAUCAAACUCCUGGUUUGAAUUACUAUCUGUGCUACACCUGCUCGCUAUGCUGACACUUUCUGAGGCUGAUUCGUUUAUGAUCCCCAAGGACCAUUCUGGUUCAGGGAUAAGGACUGUAUCUUCAGAUUGCAAAAGGGACGCUGUGGAUUUAUUGCUUAAGGCAUCAGGAUACUUGGAAUUUUGUGCAAGGGAUAUAUUGGCUUGCAUUCCACCAGAUAUUAAGACAAGGUUGCCAAAAGAUUUGCAAGAUGGUGUAUUAGAGGCUAUUUCCAUUCAAGCUCUUGGCCAGGGAACAGAAAUUCAGCUUGGUUUAGCUGUUGAAUGUCAAAAAGCAACUUUAUCGGUCAAAAGGAGGUUAGCAUGUGAACAGCUGACCUACUUUAGCCAGGCUUAUCACUGCUUAUCGAACUGUGACACAAAUCAUGGUCAUGGAAAAAAGCAUCUAUGGUUCAUCAAAUGGAAAUUUCUUGAAGCGAAGGCUGCAGCUUACUACUACCAUGGCCUGAUAAUGGACAAGGGAAAUGAACCAUCCUGCCACAUUAGCGCCGUGUGUUGUUUCCUUGCCGCAGAAGAACUUCUUGCAGAGAGCAAGAAGGCUUGCUUGAGUUUUUGCCUUGCAGCUCCAGUGACAAGAGCUCCCCCACUAUGGGGUGCCAUGAAGCAUCUGCAUCAGAAAAUUCCUGAAGUGGCAUCAAGGAAAUCACAGAUGUAUGGCUACCUUUUAGAACAAGAAAAGGUUCUCCAAGUAUUGCCUGAACUACCACAGUUCCAACUCUCUUUAGAACCUGAUGAGUAUAGAUUGCCUGAAAUUGAUCCAACUUGGGAAAGCCAAAAAAGAGAAAACCAAGGCCAGACCUUAAAAGAUCAAAUCAAAGAAUUUGAAGAUGAGGAUCCAAUUGAAUCACAGGCUACUGAGUGCUUGAAUGUGCCCUUGUAACAUUCUUAUACCAAAAUUAUGACGAUGAACAAGUUAAUUACAAGCUAAUUACUUUGUGUGUCAGUUCAUAUUUGGAAAUAUCUUCAUGAAAUGUGCAAAUAUAUUGGAAAAAUGCUGACCAUUUCAAGUAAUAAAAUUUUACACUUCAUAUGGA